UCCGUUAAAACCUCCGAUCACUGCUGCUCUAUCUGGCCUUGCCUGUGUGCAGGAUGCCGUCCCUCGAUGACGCGGCCCAACAGGCUCCCGUCAUAGACUUGGACUAUGGUGAACCGUCGUCCUCGUCUAUGACCCUGCCGUAUCCGCACACGUCGAUCACUGCGUCGUCACAGCCACUGUACGGCAGCGCGGCGCCAAGCACUGGUGCGCCCUGGACGACGCAAGACUGGAACGAGGCAUGCAAGCUCGUCGAGGAGCUCCACUCGUACGGCAUGUCGCCCAGCGUCCUCGUCGAAAGGGGCGUCAAUGCUCAGGUGGUGGAUUCCUGCUGCCGAGCCCUCGGGAUCCCCUUUUCAUCUCAGCCGUCUCUUGGAAACCGAGAAACUCCGGAUGAUUCUUCCGUCAAGAGAAAAAAGAAGAAGAAGAGCAAAAGGGCGAGACAGAUCGAGGAGCAACAGGCCGCACGACCCGCUGCCCAGUCUUCUUCAAACGAUGUCGAGCGCGACACUUCCGGCGACCUGGAGGUAGCAGAGCUAGCCCGGAAGGCGAGAGCCACAAUGAAGGCGGCUCGGGAGAGUGCUGGCUCAAGUGGGAAUCCCAUUGGUCUGCUCGAAAACGAUGCAUCUGCUCCAAACUCGGCACCGAUACAUGUACCCCAAACCUCGAGCACGGACGAUCUAGACGUCAAGGCCAUGCGAGCAAAGGCGCUGGCGAGCAUGAAGAGAAGCAAACCUGCAAAUACUUCUUCAAAGACCAGCUCUCACCUCUCCGCCACUGCUGUAACCGCUCAACCGCCGCCAGCCCAAGCAUCAGCAGUGACACGAACAGUUGCAGACAAUGGACAAGCCGUGGACAAUGGCCAAAAUUAUGAAGGAUACCAGCAGGAGGGCAACAGGGCGCCUCUUGAGCCAGAGGGCGCACCCAAGCGACCGAGACCGAUCUAUCACGAUGUCGAUGCGCCUGAGCCGGGCGACCACUACGACGUCAUUGUCUUAGAUGAUGACGACCUGGCCGCUGCUGCGCACGAGGCUGCAUCGACCAGCCGUAAUGGUCAUCGCAGCGGUGGUAGUAGCAGUGACGUUGCCAACGAGCGCUUGCGCGUCUCAUAUGCCGACGACGAUUGGGCACCGUCGGGCGACGUCGACUACUCCGCGCCCUUGCCGUCCCUCCAAACGCCCAGAAGCGCAACCUUCCCCUCCACUGCCCCUUCUUUACCCGGUCCUAGCUCGAGCUACCGCAAUCGUCGACCGGUCGCAGCUGAUCUGAUCGACAAGGCGUCGCGAAGCCAUGCCGCGCGGCAGCCGCCACCAGCACCACCCGCGCCCUUUCUUUCCUCACACAACUACGUCAAAUUUGACUGGUCUGAUGACGAAGACAAGGACGCUGAUGCUGGGCCAGAAACUGAGCGCCAAUUGCAUGCGAGACAAAUGCAGUCAAAGACUGACUCGGAGUUUCUUGAGCUCUUUAGGACGGACAAAGAGCGAGACAGGCCUGCUAAGGCACCACAGCAGCAGCAGCAAUCACAACACGACGAUACACGUUUGACGGAAGCCGUCACGGAGCUUGCCGAGAAGGAGAGAGCAAUCCAGGAGCUAAUGCAGCGCAUCCGGCAAGCAGAAGCGAGAGGCAGCAAGGUGCCCGCCAAGGCAAGCACUGUGGCGAGCAUGGCACGCAAGGCUGUCGAAGAACAGGCAAGAAAUGAUGACCAUAAGAAGCGCAAGGCCUCCGAUCAGCCGCUUCAGGAGAAUGACAUGGAGGAAGACGGCGUGAGUGGUUCUUUCGGGUUUUCCCCCCAAGCACGAUGCAAUUGACCACGUGGCGACCUUUUGCACAGCAGUUGGUUCAG